AUGAUUCUGGGACUGAAGCUCGCUAUGAAGUAUGAGGUCAAAAAGCUUGUGGCACUUGGUGAUUCCCGAAUCGUCGUCCAACAGGUUCAGGGGCUGAUUAAUUGCAACCAGCCCAACCUGCAACGGCGCUUAGCUGCGUAUGAGGAUCUCAGGAAGAAUUUUGUGUCAGUUAAAUUGAUUCAUGUUAAACGUGAGUUUAACCAAGCGGUCGACUAUCUGACCUCUAAGACCCUCGUGCUUGGAGAAUCCUGGGAGCUCGAUGACCCUGAUAAGAUAGUGCAUCUACGCAUCGUGUCCAGCAUUCCUAAAAAGAUCAUGAAGCCUUCGGAAAUCCCAGGUACCCCUGUGACCGAUGUGGUUGACUCGGAUCAAGUCGAACUCGGAAUGGAUAGUCCUGAUGCCGGAAUACCUGAGUCUUUAGCUACUGCGACUGAGGUAUUGAUGGUGAUGACGAGGUCACGUGCGGAAGCGGAUGCAAGUUCCCGGACUCCUGUAGACCAGUCUGGAUAUCAAGAUGAACGUUGGAGGAGAAUCAAGGUUCACCAAGACGAAGACUUGUGGAUCCAGCAAAUGAAGAAGGUCCUAAAAGGAGACGUGACAAGAUGUGACAGACCUUCCUCGGAACCAGGUAAUGAAGAUGUCGAAGAAGUUCUCUACAGGCUGAGCAAUCCCACCCCUGAAAAACCUCGCAACAAACGGUCGGAACUCAGGCUGGUGGUCCCAGAGACUUUACGUGCUGACAUGCUACACUACUCACACGAGGACUUCCAAGGCGGACACCAAGGAAUCAACAGGAUGUUUGAGCGAUUACGUUCGGAGUUCUACUGGAUCGGGAUGUACGCUGAUGUACAGAAGUUCGUGAGAGAGUGUGUGGAUUGUGCGUCAGCCAAGGGGCAAUCUCGGUCCUUGGCCCAUCACCUGACAAUAUCGAACCGAGAUAUCCGUUCUAGGUGGUCUCUAUGGAUUUUGUCACUGAGCUACCUGAGUCCGAUCGUGGAAACACAUAUUUGUUGCUGUUCCAAGACCAAUUCUCAGGAUAUGUCUUGUGUAAACCCAUGCGGAAUACCGAAGCUCAAGAUGUUGCUGAGGCAUACGAAGAGUGCGUAUUCAGAAGAUUUGGGGCGAGUUCAAUAA